AUGAAGGCCAUCCAGAUCCUAGGGGACAUUUCAUCCCCCAAAGUCAACACCAAUUAUUCCAUGCCCGAGCCCACUCCCCGGAACUCUGAAGUCCUCGUUCGAGUCCAUGCGGCUGGUGUGACCGGCGAUGAGAUCCUGUGGCCAGAACCCUACGCAGCUCCAUCUCGCAUCCCAGGACACGACAUCUCCGGCGUCAUCUCCGCCUUCGGCCCCGACUAUAGCGGUCCUUUGAAGCACGGACAGGAAGUUUACGCUAUGAUUGCAGCGGACCGAGGCGAGGGUCAAGCUGACUAUGUCAUCUGUCUGGCGGACGAAGUCACGCCCAAGCCAACUUCGAUCUCUCACGAGGAAGCGGCGGCGUUGCCGAUCCCCAUCCUCACUGCCUGGGAGGGCCUCAUAGAUCACGGUGCACUCAAAGCCGGCAUGCGAGUUCUUGUCACUGGGGCUUCUGGUGCAGUUGGGACAUUUGCUGUGCAGUUUGCGACUCAGUUGGCCGGUGCUCAUGUUAUUGCCCUGGCUUCAUCUAAGAACCAUGAGCUCCUGAGACAACUCGGUGCACAUGAGGUCCUGGAUUACAAUGCGUCGAGUUGGAAGAGUCAGGUUACGGACGUGGAUUUGGUCUUUGAUACAGUUGGUGGCGAUGUCUUGAUCAAGUCCUGGGAAACAGUCAAAGAUGAUGGUGCCAUCGUUACUGUUGGAGACCCGGCCCCAUCGUGGGCAUUUGGACGAGGCAGGGCUGUUGAGUCUAUCGACCACCCCAAAGUCAGACAUAUGCAUUUUAUCCUUACUCCCAACGCCGAGAGAAUGCAACAGGCAUCUGACAUGAUAGAUGCUGGCACUGUCAAAGUUCUGGCAGUUGAAACAUUCCCCUUCCAUAAGGCAGAAGAGGCUUGGGCGUUUGCCCGACAAAGGAGUCGCAACGGGAAGGUGGUAAUUAAAUUUGCUGAAGCAGAAAACUCACAGAGUAGCCACAAAUAG